AUGCGCUUGACUAACAUGAGAUACACUCGCGCCAUCCUGCCAUCACUACUCAUGGUCUACUAUCUGCCUUUACUGCAAAGCUACCUUUUGCCCGAAGUCUCUCAACGCCAGACAUGGCUUCAGAUCUGGCAACUGUUUCCCAUCACGCACUCACUCGCACAACUCGCCAUCAGCAAGAUUUGGAAAGAUACCGUCGCUCAAGACAAGAUUCAUGCGCCGAAGCGAGAUGUGUCGACUGUCAUAUACACUGUCGGUAUCCCUGCACUCCUCUCGACAAUGAUUUGGGCAUACACUCUCUUCACUUCUACCAGUCCUCUGCAUCAAGUCUUCCUGCCACAGCACUUGCUGUCCUCUGUCACCGACUUGCAUACUUUCACCUCUAAUGUCAUGCAAUGGAACUUCCUCCUCUUUGUUUCGGCAACAUAUCUCUGGUUGCUGUACUUUGCUUGGGAUGCCAAGGCUGCUGGUAUGGUCGAAAACAGCUGGAUCACUAUCAUCGCUGCUUUGGCCGUAGCAAGUGUUGUGCUUGGACCUGGUGGUGCGGUGGGUGUUGGGUUCUUGUAUAGGGAGUAUGUCAUCACGGAGAAGAGGCAUAGGGGUGCGAUUACGAGAGAGAGUGUGUUGGGGGAGUGGUAUAGGUUGUGA